AUGCCGUCCGCCAUCAUCCACUGCGUCCGCCACGCCCAAGGCUUCCACAACCUCGGCACCGAAUUCCACGCCCUGCGCGACCCUCGUCUCACUCCCGCCGGCGAAGAGCAAUGCGCCGCCCUGCAAGCCGCCCACUUCCCCGGCGACGCCCAGCGCCGCAUCUCCCUCAUCACCGCCUCCCCACUAACCCGCACCCUGCACACCGCCUACCUCACCUUCCAACCCCUCCUCGACCCUUCGCAUUCUGACCACGUCAAAUCCACCAACACCCCCACCACCCCUCGUCCCAACAUACUCGCCCUCCCCGACGCCCAAGAAACCUCCGACUUCCCCUGCGACACGGGCUCCGACCCGACCACGCUCGCCGCCUCCGUGUCCCGCUCAUCCUGGCCCGUCGACCUCUCCCUGCUCCACCCCUCCUGGACCGAAAAGGGCCUGACCACGCGCUACUCGCCGCACGCCGCGGCGAUCAAAUCGCGCGCGCGCGCCACGCGCCAACUCCUACGCCAGAAAGCGCGGGAACUCGUGGCGGCCGGGGUGGAAAAGCCGGAGAUCGUGCUGGUCACGCACGGCGGAUUCCUGCAUUAUUUCACGGGAGAUUGGGAGGGGGCGAGUCGGGGGUUGGGGACGGGGUGGGCGAAUUGUGAGACAAGGGCUUAUGAGUUUGAGGGGGGGAUCGAGGUUGACGCAGAGGAUGAGGAUGAGGAUGAGGCGAGGAUCGUGGAGACGAGGGAGAGUCGGAGGAAGAGGGGCGUGGAGCAUGCGAUGCCCGGGUGGGAGGAGCAGGUGGGUUUGGAGGAGGAGACGAUGGUGGGGUGGGAGAGUAGGGGGUUGCAGAGGCCGGAUCGCAUUGGGGAGGGGUGGGAGUGGAAGAGUGGGGCGGCUUUGGGGGGUGAUGAUGCUGCUACCGAGAAAGAGAAGGAGGGGAAUAUGGUGGCGGCAAAGGCGAGGGAGGUGGACGGUGCAGAGGUCGAGGCCGAGGCGAAUAAGGGCGAGGAGCUGGAGAGGGGCGUCGGCGUGAAGGUGCAGGCUUGA